CUUGACUGUUUGUGCGGAUGUAGGAUAGUGGCUUCCAGCUUCAGAGACGGCACAGGCGGGCAAACGGCGGACCCGUGAGACGACACACGGAAAGAAAGCAACAUUAGACCAGUCUCCGCAGAACUGUUAAUAUUCCAUUGCCCUCCUUUACUGCUGGGACGCGGAAUAACGUGGACUAACGUUAGCAGCAAAGCGGAGACAAGGCGAGACGUGGACACGUUUGGACGGACAGCCAAGGGACUCAGCCACAGGUAGGAAGCUGUCGUGGCUGAAGAUAUCAAAGUGCAGGCGGGUCAUGUAGAGUUUUCCUCUCGGACCCGAGUGACGAGUCGCAGCACUAGAACCGAAUCAAGCCGAACUGAGAAGAUUUAGCACGCUGCUCUGCCGCUCAGCCCGUCCGACUGGGCUCCUGGUCCCAGGAAAAGUCACCAUGUCCAGGAGAAAGCAGAGCAAACCCCGGCAGAUAAAGCGUUCCCUCGGAGAGCUUGACAGCAACGAUGACAGCACUUUUGACGACCUCAGCGUCUCGGGGGAGGAGGCAGAGGCCUCAGACCCAGAUGAUUCAGCAGAUGGUGAAAGCAGCAGUCCACCGCCAUACACGCCGCUGUACAAUGACGAGUCCAGGACGCAGGACACCCAUGGAGGCCCUGAUGAAGAUGGGGAAGAGCAAGCUCUGACACACAGUGGUGGGAAAGAGGAUGAUGAGGGGGAGGAAGAGGAUGAAGUGUUGCAGUGGAGUGGUCCAGAUGAGCUGGAGCUCAGUGGAGAAGGCAGCAGUAGCAGGGCCGUGGCUCGCAGGGACCUUCAUAUAGAUACAACGUGGGGGCCCUUUCCAGGGAUCCUGCAAUCAGAGGACAGCACAUAUGAGUCAGAGAAUUCAAGGUGGGCCUUGGUGUGUGAUGAUCCGGAUUGUUGGAUCACCUGUCUUGCUUUGACAACUGACCCAUAUGAUGCCAACUGUACUAUCUACAGCCAAGGUGAGGAGCUAUUCUGUAAGGUGACCAGAGAAAUUUUGGUGGGGGAAAGACUGCUGGCCGCCCUGUUGCCUCCUCCAAAACCCUCCUCCCCUGUGGCCAGGGGUUCGCCUCUACUCAACCUUGUUACCCAGAAAACUACUGUGGUGAAGGAGGAGCCUCUUUACCCUGCCGCGCUUCACACAGACAUCCAGCUCCUCCCACAGCAAGCCGGCAUGGCUGCGAUUUUGGCCACUGCUGUUGUCAAUAAGGAUAUUUUCCCAUGCAAAGACUGUGGGAUUUGGUACAGAAGUGAAAGGAACCUGCAAGCCCAUCUCAUGUACUACUGUGCCAGCCGACUGAAACAGCCAGCUGCCGCCUCAACCCCGCCACAAGACAAACCCAAGGAGUCCUAUCCCAAUGAACGCAUAUGCCCCUUUCCUCAGUGCAACAAGAGCUGCCCAAGUGCAAGUUCACUGGAAAUUCACAUGCGCACACACAGUGGUGAGCGUCCAUUUGUCUGCCUCAUCUGUCUGUCGGCCUUCACCACCAAAGCAAAUUGUGAGCGCCAUCUGAAGGUCCACACUGACACACUGAAUGGUGUGUGUCAUGGCUGUGGCUUCGUCUCGACUACGAGAGAUAUUCUUUACAGCCAUUUAGUCACAAGCCACAUGGUUUGCCAGCCCGGAUCUCGUAGUGAGGUCUACUCUCCAGGACCAGGCCUUCCUAAGUUGCCCUCGACCGUUGUUCUCAGUCCAGGAGACUCCGGCGUUGUGCUAAAGUGCCAAAUCUGUGGUCACAACUCUGAUUCCCCUUCCCAGCUGCAGCAGCAUGUACAAACCCACCUAGAGGUGAGGGUCCCGGCUGAAAGGAGCCCCACCCCUCGUCAAAGUACCCCACUUGACCAGCUUCAAUCGUCCAAACCAGGGAGUGAGUCUUUAGGCUGCGUCCCUAAGCCAGAUUCCUCCAGCCCAGGUGCUAAUGGGGGCUCUGCUACUCCACGAGGCUGCAGUCCCCCUGAUGCCCAAACCAACAUCAACCUUAGGAUCAAAGAGGAGCCGCAAUCAGAAUCUGAGGUAGAAGAGCAGCAGAUGGAUGUUAAGGAGGGUGGCGAGGAGGCUGGCCAAAAAGCAGAAGGGAAGACAAAUGAGAUUCAAACUACAAACCUAAUUUGUCAGACAUCAAAUUCUCCAAAGAGCCCUGCUAGCACAGUCGUGAAAGCAGAACCAACGAGUCCCACUCCUGGUUGCAGCCCAACACAUAUAGGUGGUGCUGGCUCAGUUUUCCCUGGUGGAUCAAUGUUUUUGCCUCAGUACAUGUUUAACCCCGAAACAGCCAUUUUACCCCAGGCCUCAGAGAUCCUGGCUAAAAUGUCUGAGAUGGUUCACAGCCGUCUGAAGCAGGGUCAGGCAGUUCCUCCGAACACCACAGCCACCUUCUUCUCCUCUGCACCAACUGUACCCACAUCGACAGCAACUCCACCUCAAAAAGGAGCCACCUGCUUUGAGUGUGAUAUUACAUUCAACAAUAUAAACAAUUUCUAUGCACACAAGAGGCUUUACUGCUCCAGUAGACACCACGGAGAAGGUGCAACCUCAGCUUCAGGUCCAGGAUCAACAAGGGAUACUUCCCCCGCCACUGUGCCUUCCAGAAAGGCACAAGAUUCAUCAGCAUCUCCUCGGGAUGGAGCAGUGAGCACAGCGGCUUCAGCCUCUCCUUCUGAAUCUGACACUGCAGUAGAUAGCGGGGCGACAGAAAUGAGAACAUUGGAAGUGAAGACCGAAACGCCGGCCGGCAGAGAAGGAAUCUCGUCUGCUUCUGAAGGGGAGGGUGUAGUAAGUGGAGGAGGAAGAGCAAGUGAGGAUAGCCAGAGCCCUGUCAGUGGGUCUGCUGAAGAUCUGGAUGAUGAUCCCAACCAAACCUUUUGUGAGGCCUGCAACAUUCGCUUCAGUCGUCAUGAAAACUACACUGUUCACAAGCGCUUCUACUGUGCUUCACGCCAUGACCCAUCUAACCAGCGAGCCAUACACAUGGCAAAGGCAACCACCACAGCAGCCUUCCACCCCCAGCCGAUCCGCACACGCAAGAGGAAGAAGAUGUAUGAAAUUCACAUGGCAAGAACUGAAGCCUUAGCUGCCGCCGCCGCCGCCGCCACUGUUUCUGCCGCAGCCACCGCCUCUGCUCCGUCCCCUUCGGUACUUGGCCUGGCGGUAAAACGUGAGGUCUCUCCCAGUGGAGCAGGCAGCUCCAGUCCUGAAGGAGAUGGUCCAAUAGAUCUGAGCAAAAGGCCUCGCCUCAUAGAGGUUCCACGGGAUGGUACCAACAGUAUUCUUCCCAUCUUGCCACUCACCGAUUACCACAAGUGCACCGCCUGUAGUAUCAGCUUCAACAGCAUUGAGAAUUACUUGGCUCAUAAAACCUACUAUUGCCCUGCCACCACCCUCCAACAGCAUACAUUAGAGCAGCUCCAUAGGCUCAAAAGAUCAGCCUCUACCUCUCCCAAAAACAAGUCUCACCAGGAGCGCCAAGAUCUUUUGCAUUCAAUCGAAGCUAAAGCGCUCCCUGCAGAGCGGAUGAGACAAGCUCAAGGUUCAUCACCCAGUCCACACAUCUCAGCCUUACCAGCCUCUGAUGCUACGUCUCCCCCUGAUACAGCAAGCACACUUGCAGCCACCCCAGCUGCAGGUGCCAAAGGCGUUAGCACGGCUUCUUCUCAGAUGAUCUGUCCAUAUUGCCCGAACAGCACCGUCACAUGUGACCUAAUGGAGCACUUCAAGACUAUACAUGGCUUGGUUGUAUCAAUGCAGUCACCCCAAGAGGCUCAACCCCAGCCAAGCAGCCGAGUUAGUCCCAGCCCCAGCCUUAGUCCCAGAGAUGGCGUCACAGCCACCACCUCCAGUACCCCGAGUGGCCCGCCCAGAUUGGGCUCUCGCAUUCACAGAAAUAGUACUAAUGGGCAGGCCAGAAGUGAUACCACUUCUCCCUCCUCUCCUCUGGCAAAUGGCAGCCCCUCAGGUGAAUGUGAAUCCCCAUCAGCUAGUUUACCUCUACCCGUAUCCCCCUCGGGGGCUCCACCUCUGACUUUGUCACCUGUGCCUGACCUCCGAAGAGAGACAGUUGGUACAUCCGUCCUUCCCGACAAGGCUUCACCAACUGGCUCCAUCCCCGGCCCUAAAAGCCAAGUCAUCUCUUCGGUCCAAAACGGUAACUCCCGCUACUGUCGGCUGUGCAACAUUAAGUUCAGCAGCCUCUCUACAUUCAUAGCUCAUAAAAAGUACUACUGUUCCUCCCACAGUGCUGAACAUGUCAAGUGAGUUGAGUAUUUCACCUUUUCUCUUUUCUGAGUGAGUAGAUGCUACUACUCCUCAGUCAGCUCCAAGAAGCCCCAUGCCCCUUUUCGGCUAUCAGUCCUCCCAGACAGGUGCCAAAGUUGCACUUAGCUGGCAUGACCAUUAUCUGAAUGAAUGGCUGUUACCCGUCGGCAGGACCUGAUGCCCAUUUGCUCUUGAGCAGACUUUGCCAGUGGUGUUACUAAGUGAUUCUUUUUCCUCUCCCAUGGGUCUACACGUACACUCUGAGCUGAGAUGUUUGUCUACCUGCACACUAAAGUGUGCCCUCGUCCCCUAGGUCAGUUUUUUGCCCCGAAUUUAACAUUAACCACUUCCAGCUUCUCAAUAUGCCGCAUUGUGGGACGUUAAAAAGUUUUAUGUGAACAACCUCAUUCUGUCUUGUCUUGUUGAACCGAGCUGUUGAAUUCCAUUCCAACAAUUGACUGAUGUGAUCGUACAGGCCCACACCUAACCAGAGGAGAAAUAUCUCUUGUAUGGAAAGACUUGAUGACGUUUAAUGUUUUUAUUAUCUGUGUAUAGUCUAUGAUGUCUAAAGAAUAAUUCUAUGAUUCAUUUGGUUUCAACACUGGCUCUUUUAUGCUCACUAGAAAAAGCUGAAGCAUUUUUAGUUUUAAAAAAAUAAAAGAAAAAAUAUGUGGUAUGAAAUGUUACUAAUUACUGAAGGAUAUUUCAAAAUUGUCAUUGCUUUUUUUCAUAUAAACAUGUUUUAUUUUCUCUUAACAUGCAAGGGAGACGCAAAUGUGAAAUAUUUAUCUUCUAGUCCUCACUGAUUUCAUGUCAACAGAAAACUACCUACAUAUUGUGUAAGAGUAUUUUUAUUUUUUAUUUGCUUAUUUCCAUGCUGUUAGAAGGAACUGCGUGGCUCUCGGUAUGUUGAAGUAUUUCUAGUGUAGAUAUCUAAUAUCUUCUCCCUGGGACUACACUGAAUUUUCUUAUCAUAGAAGCAUUAUUUGUUUUCUUUGCUGUCUUUAUUUGAUGGUGACAUCUGAACAUGGAUGAAUUAGCCGGACCCGCACCAUUAGACCCAGUCGUCCCAGAUGACCUCAGAGCGGGGUCAUGACACCAUAUACAGUAUACUGAGCUCGAGCAAUGAAGCCCUUCCCAACCCUAAGCUACAGUAUAAUAGUCUCAUCCACAAACCUGGCUUUAUGUACCGGCAUCAUUUUCCAUCGUCUUUUUUUUGAGUAGAACAUGAAGGGACAGCCACAAGCCAUCCAUGCCUCCAAGUUGAAUAUCCAUUGUCAAAUCUGCAUUUCUGGCCAGCAAAGAAUUGGGGAUGAUCAGUCUUACAGUCCCCUCAUGCGCUUCACAAAGCACAUCAUGAUGAAAUAACACAUUGUUGUUCUGACGAGAUAUUUGAUAUGUGAGCCAUCACUCAAGAUUAAAGGAACAUUUUGACUAACACUAAAACUCCUGCUAAUUUACUAUCAGGUGUAUCAGACAAAAAUAUUUUCCAGGACAGCUCAAAUCCUUCCCAUGUCGUCUAAGUGCUAAGUGUGAGGACUCGUGUGUUUUUAGCGGAGAAUGAAUCCCAAGCUGCUAAAUGCUCCAUGAUGUAUAUCUCCUUCUGCUACACUUCAUACUUUUAGGUAUAUUUUCCAGUGGCUCUGUCUUUAUCCUCGUUUUCAACGUACUGACUCAUUAGAAGCUUUAUGUCGGUCUGAUGUUUCUCACACUAAACUGGGACCCAGUUGGAAUAGUUUUCCACCAUAAUUAACUUCUUAAGCUUGGCUAUACUUUGUAUUAACUUAAAAACAGUUAAAUGAGUAGAACUUCUGAUCCUAAACAUGUCCCAAACUUAAAACUAAGGGCCCGAUCUACUAAGAUCCCAAAUAACCAGCGCUAAAUUACUAAAAUAAAUUGCACCUACUAUAAGAUGCCGUGUUGCGUUGGAUCUACUAUGAUUGCUUGCACAAUUUUUAUCAGGUGCAAAACUGGUGCCGAUGUCCUAUUUAAAUGAUGAUUUUGUGUCUGUUACGAGCUGUCACCAUGGAUAGUUUGGGAGAGUAGAUUGGCCGUAAAUAAAAGGUUUGAAGCCAUGGAGUUGGAGGUCUUGGUGGAGGAUGCAAAUAAACACACUGUUGAACAUUACAUUAGUGCAUUUUGUCAUGUUUUACACUACAAUCAAUUAAACGAUGACAUUUACAAUUUGAUGGGUUAUGAUAUUCAUGUGAACAUGUCGGAAAUGUACUUAUAUAACGCCAUCUAUCUCCACAUUAGUUAAGACAGCUGCAUAGCCAGGUGAAAUCCAAACUAAAAUCCACACUAAGGGACACACCGUCACACUAGCGUUCACUGCGAUGGUGCGCUGGAAUGAUCCAAACAAAACAAAAAAAUAGAGUUGCAAGGCGCUACGGCAUUGCUGUCUCUUCUAUUUUUAUUUCUGACAGUCAUUUCUGUCACCGCACCUACUGUAUGCCUCCUCCUCACCACAAUGACCGCAGCUCCUCCUCCCAGUAUUUUGCAUGUUCUGAUAAUCUGCAUAUAUUCUGCAUAUUCAUGAAGGCAAACACACAAAAUGGACUGGCAGUGCUGUUUUGCUUAUUUGACAGACGCAAUCCGUGGUGCACCCUGUUAGGAGGUCAGCUUUGCACAAGCAAUCAAGUUGGCACAUGUUUUCAUACAUGCAAACCAUAAGCAGAUCAGGCUCUAAGUGUUUCCAAUUAAUGUGAAACAGAAUGGAGACGAAGCGACAUUCUGGUCAGAUGGCAUGCUGGAAUAUUGUCUUUGUGGGUCCACCCCCCCAUGUUAUUGCACUGUUGUAUUAAAUGUGCUGAAUGUUUUAUUUUAGCGAAUUUUCACGCCACUGUAUUUAUUUGAUACAGCACUUUCACCCAUCCAAAAAAACUAUUAUUGUUUUAUCAUGAAGGACCCUCCUAAUUCAUUUUAAUUUCUCAGAUGUAGAAAACAAUGAAUGUCAAAAACUCCAUUUUUUAUUUUUCAUAUAUUUCAUUUCCACUACAAGCUUGUCCAAACUAUGCAUGAAAAAAUAAAAAAAAAAAAAAACAGUUCGGAA